AUGACGAGAGGUCCUUCGGUUGAAUCGACGACAGAAACAUCGGAAGAUUUGUCGAUUCGACGACGACGACGAGGACAACAACGAGUAUCAUCAUCAUCAUCAUCACAACAGGGAGGAGGAGGACUUCCGCAAGAUUUAACGAUAGUGAAAUUAAAAGAAGAAGAAGAAGAAAAUAAGAGAGAAUUUUAUAAGAAAGAAGAUGAUGGAAGAGAUGAUGUAAAAGACGAACGUAACGGAAAAAUUAUUUCCGAUAGAACCAAGAGAAAAAGUGACGAAGAGAACGGAAACGGAAAUGACGACAACGAUGAUGACGAAAACGUCGGAAACGGUGAAAAGAAAUUAAAAACCGACGUGGUUGUAGUUGUUAAUCGUACGAAUGAAAAUUCAUUACCCGCGACUGAUCUCACGGAAAAACGUUUAAGUUUGAGAAAUGCGAUGCCGAUGACGACGACGACGACGCCGUCGAUGCCGUCGACAUUUCGAAAUCCCGACGAUUAUGACGUUUCAACGAGACUAAGAUCGUCGUCGAACGGAAAUCACGUGGAUUUAUUAUCGAAAACUCUCAUACGUGGAAUUCCAAAAGAACUUAAAGUAAAAGAACCCGGAAGAGGAGUUUGGGCAAGAGAAAAAAUACCAAAAGGUACUAGAUACGGUCCUUUUUUUGGAAAAUGGGUUUCGGAUCCGAUCGAUGGAAGAUACGCAUGGGAGGGAUAUGAAUGA